GGCGGGCGUGCAGCGCCCGGAAAGGAGCGGAAGCCCGGGCGAAGCGGGGCUGCGUCGUGGACUGCUGAGGUGGCAGCGAUGCUGCCCGCUCGCGGCCCCCCGUACCCGGGAGCCCCCGCCUGCCGAGCAGGCAAGACUCUAACUCCAUGAGGACUCCAUUGCUGUUUCUAUAGUGUGUGGGAAGAGCUGACUCCUCCAACACUGUCUGGUUGCUGGCCCUUCGAUAUGGGGAGAAUCAGCAUUUCCUGUCUUUUUCCUGCUUCUUGGCAUUUUAGCAUCUCUCCGGUGGGGUGUCCUCGAAUUCUGAACACCAAUUUACGCCAGAUUGUUGUGAUUAGCAUUCUGGCUGCUGCUGUUUCUCUUUUAUACUUUUCAGUUGUCAUAAUCCGAAAUAAGUAUGGGCGGCUAACAAGAGACAAGAAAUUUCAAAGGUACUUGGCACGAGUCACUGACAUUGAAGCUACAGAUACCAAUAACCCCAAUGUGAACUACGGUGUCGUGGUAGACUGUGGAAGCAGUGGGUCUCGGAUAUUUGUCUAUUGCUGGCCAAGGCAUAAUGGCAAUCCUCAUGAUCUUUUGGAUAUCAGACAAAUGAGGGACAAAAACCGAAAGCCUGUGGUCAUGAAAAUAAAACCCGGCAUUUCAGAAUUUGCUACUUCUCCAGAGAAAGUCAGUGACUACAUUUCUCCGCUCUUGAACUUCGCUGCAGAGCAUGUGCCACGGGCCAAACACAAAGAGACACCGCUCUACAUUCUCUGCACAGCAGGGAUGAGAGUGCUUCCUGAAAGCCAGCAGAAAGCCAUCCUGGAAGACCUCCUGACUGAUAUCCCUGUGCACUUUGACUUUCUGUUUUCUGACUCUCAUGCAGAAGUAAUUUCAGGGAAGCAAGAAGGUGUGUAUGCUUGGAUUGGCAUCAAUUUUGUCCUUGGACGGUUUGAACAUAUUGAAGAUGAUGACGAGGCAAUCGUGGAAGUUAACAUUCCUGGUAGUGAAAGCAAUGAAGCCAUUAUCCGUAAAAGAACAGCGGGUAUUCUUGACAUGGGAGGCGUGUCAACUCAGAUAGCAUAUGAAGUCCCCAAAACUUCUGAACACAUCUUUACUGUGCUUGCUGAGGUGCCACCUUCUCAACGCAGGACAAAGCAGACAGGAGGAACAAGGCAGACCUCAGCCAAGCCGGAGGAAGUAGCAAAAAACUUGUUAGCUGAAUUUAACUUGGGAUGUGAUGUUCACCAAACUGAGCACGUGUACCGGGUCUAUGUGGCCACGUUUCUUGGGUUCGGUGGCAAUGCUGCUCGACAGAGAUACGAAGACAGAAUAUUUGCCAACACAAUUCAGAAGAACAGGCUCCUAGGUAAACAAACUGGUCUGACUCCUGAUACUCCAUACCUGGACCCCUGCCUACCCCUAGACAUUAAAGAUGAAAUCCAGCAAAAUGGGCAGACCAUGUACCUGCGGGGGACUGGAGACUUUGAUUCGUGUCGAGAGACUAUCCAGCCUUUCAUGAAUAAAACAAACGAGACACAAACUUCCCUCAAUGGGGUCUACCAGCCCCCAAUUCACUUCCUGAACAGUGAAUUCUAUGGCUUUUCUGAAUUCUACUAUUGCACCGAGGAUGUGUUACGCAUGGGGGGAGACUACAAUGCUGCUAAAUUUACUAAAGCUGCCAAGGAUUACUGUGCGACAAAGUGGUCCAUCUUGCGGGAGCGCUUUGACCGAGGACUCUAUGCAUCUCAUGCUGACCUCCACAGGCUUAAGUAUCAGUGCUUCAAAUCGGCCUGGAUGUUUGAGGUAUUCCACAGAGGCUUCUCAUUUCCUGUCAACUAUAAAAGCUUGAAGACCGCCUUGCAGGUGUAUGACAAGGAGGUGCAGUGGACCCUGGGGGCCAUCCUGUACAGAACCCGGUUUUUACCGUUGAGAGACAUCCAACAGGAGGCCUUCCGGGCCGGUCAUGCCCACUGGCGGGGCGUCUCCUUUGUCUACAACCACUACCUGUUCUCCGGCUGCUUCCUGGUGGUCCUGCUCUCCAUCCUCCUCUACUUGCUGCGGUUGCGGCGCAUCCACCGACGCACACCACGCAGUGGCUCCGCUGCCGCUGCCCUGUGGAUGGAAGAAGGCCUUCCAUCUCAGAAGCUUGCUGGCACAUUAUGAGUUGGAGUUAGACAGUUCCAGGAAGACUUUCUCAAGGAAAAGCCAUUUUUGCCUCAGGGUUUCUACUCUGUAUUCUCAUAUGGUUUUAUUUUUCUUUUCCUUUUCUUGCUCCUUAAAACAAAAACAAAAACAAAAUUCAUUGUUUGUAAACCUGCCAUCGUGAAGUAUUGCAUUUAGCCAUUUUGAAAACAACUUUAAAUUGAGGAGUAGGGAAAGGGAAAUUCACUUGAAUUUUGCUGCAUAGUAUUGAUACCUGCCAAAAAUUAUGAAGAUUUUGGGGUUUUCUUUAAGACUUGUUAAAUUUUAAACUAAUGCACUUUCAUUGUGAAGAGAAAUAGAAAAAAUUCUACCAGUGGAGGCAGAACUGGAGAGUGAUACUUUUAUAGAACCAAAAAAACCACUUAUAACUGAAAUUUCAAUCCUCUUUUUUUCCCUCUAUCCUAAAAGGUCUAACCUAAAGAAAGUAAUUGUUCAGGUCUGCUACAGUAUCUUUCAGAGGUUAAAAAUUCAUAACCAUUUAUAUCCAGAACAGAGAAAUACAGGCAUCAGAAGAUAGCUUUUAAAAUUGAUAGUCAGGAGUGGUGAACAGUGUGAAAUACUGGCUAGAGCUUCGUGGAUGUGUGUGAAAAGCACUAAUGACACAGUGGGGAAAUGCAGUAUUCCUUCAGAAACACAACAGAAUUGGCUUUUCAUUUUAUUUUAUUUAGAAAAAUCCCCAUUCACUUUAUUGUUUCCUGAUACAGGUAGUUACUUCCUUUAUAUUAUCUUUUAGCGGCCUUAGGACACUUUGCUUUUGAAAGAAUUUCACGGUGUUAAUUUUAUUAAAACUAGACUUGGAGCCUAGUCCCGGAUACUUCCGAGUUCCUUAGUUAUGUGUGUUUGCUUGUUUAAUUGUGCUCCAAUUCUCUCCAGCUGUAAGUUGGUAUUUGUCCCUCUCAAUUAAGUUGUCCUUACAUUUUUAUUUGGGAGACCCCCUGCAUAGCUUGACAAGUUCUUACUAUUAUAGUUGAGGCUAUAAACGCACAGUUAGUGCAAAUCGAGACUAAAACAAGAGUCUGAAUUUAAUCCAAGAAAUAAACUCAUAUUUUUAAGAAAACCAAUUUGGUAUGUCAAGCAAAGACAUGAAAAGGACAGCUGGAUUGCCAUGUGUGAGUCUGCCUCUUUUUCACCUAUCUUUGGGUUAGAAAUGUUGGGACUUCUCACAGAUUUUCAGGCCAGGUUCUUUUUAUUGGAGUGUGUACGUGUGUAUAUACUACUUUCUAACCCCAGAACAACAGUUAAACUCCUGUGAAAAUCAUUGAUUAGAGAAAGAAUUUAGAUUUUGAAGCCUUGUUUAACUUUGGGGGAGAAAGUUUGAGUUUGUAUUGUUCAGUUACUUAAUAACAUGUUUGCUGUAUAUAGAUGAUGGAAACGAUUACAAAUUUAUGAAAGAAAUGCGAAUUGCCUUUUUCUCUUCCAAAUGAAUAUUCUUGCAAGGAAAAACUUAUGUGUAGAAUGUUUGCCUCUCAAGUAUUCAGAGUUGGAGGAGCUUUGUGGCCCAGUCUUGUUCCUGAGAGGAUGGAAAGAAAGGUCCCUGUGAAGUUCCUGACAUGCUGGUCUCCAGCCACAAGUGAGCUGUGGCGUUGAUACCUAGAGUAGUGUGAGCUGGUAUGCAGCUCCUUGAAUUCUCAGAGGAUGUUUGCCCUGUGGAUGGUAUUGGUGGUAAAAAGAAACAACGUUUAUACUUCAGCUUUUUUUUAUCACCAACCAUUUGGAGCAGGAAGGCCCUAACAUAUUGAAUAGAAAUUUGUAAAUAUCUAAGAGUAUGUGGUUUUGCCCUUAAAAUCAAGGCAAGGAUAAGCCAGCAUAGGCAUAUAUUUAAAUGGGCCUCAAUUAAGCUUUCUUCCCUUAAAACAGCCACUUUCUGAUUUUAUUUAUUUGAGAAGCAGAGAGAGAGAGAGAGAAAUAGAAAUAGGGAGAAAAUGAAAACUCCCAUCUGCUGGUUCACUGCCUAAAUGCCUGUAAUAUCUGGGCUGGGACUGAAGCCAAAGCUGGCAGCUGGGAACUCAAUUCAGUUCUCCCAUGUAAGUGGAACCCAAUUACUUGACUGUCACUGCCAUCUCCCAGGGUGUGCACAGUCAGGAAGCUAGAAUCAGGAGCUGGAGCUGGGACUCAAGCGCAGGUACUCCAGCAUGGGACAGGGGUGUCUUUAUUUGGCAUCUUAACUGCUAGGCUCAAUGCCCAUUCCUUAAAUAACCACUUUUUAAGUACAGGAUGCCAAUUUGGUUCAACUCUAUAUGGCUCCAUGGACAGAGUAGGGCCAAAACUCAGAGGAGCUCUGCUUUUGGCCUGCCCUAAUUCUCCCUCUGCAAAGACCUACCUCACUGUCCAAAAAAAAUCCUUGAGGUCAGAUUCUGAGGCCCAAACCCAAACUACUUGGUACCUGGCAAAUGUCCCUGUGUCCCUGACAAUGGACUCCUUGUAGCAGGGUUUCGCAAACCCGAGGGGCAAAUCUGGAAGACCUCCAGUUAAGGAUGGCUUUUCAAUUAUGAAAGGGUUGUUAAAAAGAAGUUGAACAAUGUGCAACAGAUACUGUAUAUGGCCUGUAAAUCCUAAAAUAUUUACUGAAAGGCCCUUUACAGACACAGUUUGCUGGCCCCUGUGAGGUCCAUCUGAUUCCAGAAAGGAUAGAGAGGGCAGCAUCCUCUUAAUUCAGGAAUGUUUGUGUCCACACCAACGUUGGCAAGAGAAGUAACCAGCCUUCAGUCUAAAAUGUAUUUGUUGAUGCACCAGAAUUUUACUCCUUAUACUUGCUUUCUAGAUUAGUUUUUGAGAUCAAUUUUCUAACAAACCAGGAACCCUGUCUUCACAAUUAAAAAAAAAAUUUUAAAGCGCUGAUCCAGGGAGCUCUUUAUGUUGUGUUGAGAUGUCCACAAUUGCAGGAAAUCAUGUUCCAGAGAAGCCCCCACCUGUCUUCUCACAGCCCUGUAUACAGACAAGAAAGCAGCUAGGUGCUGUCUCUAAAUGGUACAGGGAUGGGGUAGGUGGAAGUAAGGCAGUAACUCGAUUCAGGAGAAGGGUUCAUAUUUAUUAAGGGAAGGCUAGGAAGGCAAUGAACUUGAUUACUUGUAAUAGGAAGGAAAAAGAAAUUGGACUGGGAACUUGACAACAACUUUGUCAAAGAAAAACAUUGUAUUAAAUCUUCCUAGAAAUAACUCCCAUAGCCAAUGCUUAUUAUGUUCCCCUAGCCAUAUCCUAUGCUGCUGCUUUUUUAAAUCUCCAAGGGUCCCCCAAAGACUUUAUAAUACAUUUAAGGACAUCAUUGUUAGAGAUAAACACAGGGGUUUGUACCAGUGAUUAGUGCACAUUUCCACCCAAAACUGCAGACUGUAGGUGGUACUUCCCGGGCUGGGGAAAAGUGAUCAGGACACUGCCAGUGGCUUGAGGCCAGUGACAUGGGUGCCCUGCCUGGUCCUGCCACAGCGUGCACAGAUAGCUCUUCCACCCCAUUACCAACACCUGUGCACUCAGAAGUAACUGACUCUCCAUGAACAGAUAUUUAAACUCAGGCCUCCAUAGAAUAGUUUUCCUCAGAAGAAGCAUGUCUCACUUAGCGAGGAACUAAAAAAAAACAAAUGCGUUUCCCAAGCUUUAAAAAAAGCUAGCUUUAGAAUUCUGGGAGGUAAUGUGCAAUGCAGCAAACUACCUUUAAUUAAAUUAUUUGGUUAUUUAUUUCAGUGUUUUGUUUUUUUCAAGAUAAAUUGAGUUUCUUUUUUCAUAGUGAAUGGUGUGACCAAUCAAGGAGGAUUGUUCUGUUACUAAAAUUAUAUUUUAUAGUUAGAAAUUACAAUAGGGAGCAUCUUUAAAUGUUUUUUGUUGAAGUGAUGUUUUCCAUUCAAAGUAAGAACAGUUCUCUUGGGAGAUGGUUGUGGUGUCAUGUCACUUUCUGUAUUUGGCAUCCUCAUGUUGUCACACUUCCACGUGGGUGGCCGUUGUGAAUAAAAUGAACGUUCAUCCAGCAGCCUGUCGACUCUGUGUGAGGUU